AUGGCGGUGAUGUGCGCGCUUCUCAUCUACCUGAUGCAGCGCCCUACGAUCACGAGGGCAUUCAGAGGCAGCAAAUUAUGCGCCACGCCGGGUUGCCGCUACCAAGCUGAGAUCAUCGCCGGCUGGGUAAACGUCAGCGUCGAUCCGUGCGAUGACUUCGAGGCGUACGCCUGUUCACGCUGGACUCCAAACAUCGAAGGCCACGGGACUGGCUCAGCUAUGAUGAGUCAUGCCGAUUACUACUGGAUUCGCUAUUUUCGUCAGCGACUCGAGGAAGCCUCGAGCAGGUUGCGCAUCGCAAAACGAAUAGCGGCACUUUUCGACUCUUGCAAAGAGAAGCGGACCGCGGAAGAAACCAGAAAAGGAAUUUACGAGAUUAAAGAAUUCAUGCGGGACCUUAAGAUUCGAUGGCCAGAACCACCUUUGCCAGGAGUCGAACCGCUGGGCGUCAUCCUCGAUCUGGUGUUCAACUGGGGCACCGAUAUCUGGUUCCGAGCUGACUUGUCGCUACACACCACUGACAUUGGCGGCAGAAGAAACCUGCUCCUGCAGCCGGCAGUAGUUCUCAGUGCGCGAUGGAGUAACGUGGCUGGCAUCUUAUUCACGGACAAGUUCAUAGAGUAUUGGCUGGGUUUCUACCAAGCUUUCGCUCCCGGUGAAGAGAUGAGGCCCCUUGAUGCCAUUCUGGACAUCAGGAGUAUGCAAACGACGAUUUACGCAGACUUCGUUCAAGUUGAAAACAGCGAGUUAAAGCAUCCAAGGCACACUCGACUUGGAGACAUCCAACGUUAUACACCUCAUAUUUCUGCCCGUCGGUGGAUUGACGCUCUCAACGACAACUUGGUCGGCCACGGACAGUUCAUCUCUUCGGAUGGCGUGACGACCGCGGACACAGAGCUUCUCAUGGUCGUGGACAGGCUGUUCGCCAAUUUCAGCCGCGAGCAACUGCUGGACCACAUAUCGUGGGAAUUCGUACAGCUAAUCGCUCCGCUCGCGGGCUCGAAAUUGCUUCUGGCCAAGUACGGAACUGAGACACGUGCUGAGAUGCAAGGGGACAACUUCUGCUCCACACAAAUCGAAAGAGCAUACCGCUGGCUUGUCACAGCAGCACUAUUGCUCCCGCAGUUUGACCCCAAGGCGAGAGCAUUUCUGGACCAGCAGCUGGCAAACAUCACUGAAGCUGCCAUUAUGAAAGUGUCCAGCGUCUUGUGGGCCGACAACGGAUCAGUGGAAUUGGUUGCAAACCAGCUGCGGAAUCAGAGAACCGUCAUCUGGCCGCCGUAUGAGCCGCUUAGCGACAACGCGCUCAACAAGGCUUUCCACUCCUGGUUCUACGAGAACGCUAGCUUUACGCAACACUGGAUUCGAUCGGUGACAAGGUGGCGGCAGCUGCGCAAGAGUCCGAUCUACAGGCGCAGCGACGACUCUCCGCGAUCGUACGCCUUGCCGCACUUUGAGUACGACCCCUUCUCGAACGCGGUUCGUGUGUCAGCGGCGACUCUGUUCAUUCCUUGGUACCAAGCCGCGGGCAGUAAAGCCGCUUUAUAUGGCGGCAUCGGCUUCACGUUCGCGCGAGAAGUGGUCAAGUCUUUCGACGGCGUCACGCCAGCGUUCGACCGACGCGGCGAGUUCCUCGACACGUGGCCUACAAACAUAUGGAAGGAAGCCUCGGCAAACAAGGCGUCAUGUCUGCGGCCCGAGUUCGAUACGGUAUUCCCCGAGAUUCCCGCUCUGGAGAUUGCGUACGCGGCAUUCCUGGCGUCGUCCGCCAAAGACGCGGAUCGCUCGCUGCCGAUUGCCAAGGAAUGGAGCCCAGAACGAGUGUUCUUCGUCACCGCCUGCUUCACGAUGUGCAACAUGCCGAACACGCUGAGACGCUUUCGCGUGGACUGUAACAAAGCGGCCAGGAAUUUCGCUCCCUUCGCGGCGGCCUUCAAUUGCCCGGCGCAUUCAAGGAUGAACCCUCGAGAAAAGUGCUCCUACUUUUAUUAA